AUGACGCACCCUGUCGAGUUUGCGGUGUUCGCGUUCUUCACCGUCACCGUUAUUGGAUUAGGCCUAGUGCUUGCCUUCAAGAGGACAGGCCGUCUGACCAUCGAUGAAAUGUUCCUCGGCAGCCGGACGUUGCGGAUGGUUCCAUUGGCCCUGUCCGCCCUGGCCUCCGUCAUGUCGUCCACGGGAUUCAUCGCGUUCAAUGCCCACUUUUACGCUUAUGGCCUUCACAUGGGGUGGACGUCGUCAGUGGCGGCCUUACUGCUGAUCCCUUUCACGAUUUAUGUCGAUAUACCCGUACUUUACAGACUGAAGAUCACGUCCGUAUUUGAGGGAGGACUGAGAGGCGUUGUCUGGACUGACUGCAUGCAAGCCCUCGUUACAAUAUUCGUACCAAUCACGCUCUUCAUCAAAACAAUGUACGACUCCCAGAGAGAUGUUUUCAAACCUCGUCCUCUCAGCGACUUUGAUGUUGGUACCUACGCCCUGGACACUACUUUGGACUUCACGAAAGACGAGAAUAUCUGGUCCUGCCUAAUAGGAGCGCUCCCGCUGCAUGUUUACCGAACUGGUAUGGAUCAGAUGGUCGUUCAAAGAUACAUGGCGUCCAGGACCCUCGAAGACGCAAAAUGGACUGCAGGAGUUGGAAUGUCACUCCUAUCAUUAUUCUGCUUGAGCCUAAUUGGCAUGGGAAUGUUGCUCAUCUACUGGUUCAGGGACUGCGACCCUUUGUUAUCGGGUUCCAUCGAGCAACUUGACCAGAUACUGCCCUUCUAUGUGAAGACGCAUUUCGUUGAAUUUCCGGGAUUUUCGGGUCUCUUUCUCGCUGGAGUUGUCUCGGCGGCCACCAGCACAAUAUCGUCCAUCAUCAAUUCCCAAGCCGCUGUGCUGUAUACUGACGUUGUGUCGCAGUAUAUUACGCUUACUGAACUUCAAUCCACGAGGGUGACGAGAUGCCUCGCUUUUGCAGCCGGCACUGUCAUGACACUUUACAGUGCUGCUAUACCUUACAUGGGCUCUGCCACCAGGAUAUAUAUGAUGGUGAACAACGCCGUUACUGGGCCUUUUGUCGGUCUCUUUCUGAUGGCGCUCAUUUUUCCAUGCGUCAAUAGUAAGGGUGCCGGGGCCGCAACAGUGCUGGCGAUCGCCUUCCAAUUCUGGCUCAUGCACAAUAAAUUUCUCCUGGACGUACGGCCUCAACGGAUUCCGGUUACACUAGACAACUGCCCAGGAAACCAGACUACAUUCCUAACGAAAACUAGCAAUGCAACUUUCGUUCCAACGCCAAAUGUUCCGCAGGAUCUCUUCAUCCUUUUGAGGUUGUCAUCAUACUGGAGUAACUCAAUCAGCACUAUUAUUACCAUUUUAUUGGGACUGGCAAUCAGCGCCGGAACAGGUGGGUUAAAAGGUUCCUCGAAGCUGGAGCACUUGACUAGUGAUGUUUUUUUGCACCUGUGGCGACGGAUCAAAUGUAUGUCACCGGCAGAUGUCCCAGUGCACAUUUCGUCAGAUGGUCAUCUGCGCAACGAGGACUUGACUGGCUACAACCCUGAAGAAGCAUUGAAGCUGACAAACGAAACGAACGUUUAA